AUGUCCUCAACAUUAGAAACCAUUAACCUGCCCCAUCUCCCUUCUUCUCUGCCUGUGCAUGUAGCUCUCUACCGGGACAUUCAGAAUGCCCCAUUUCUUCGACAGCAGCUCAUCUCCGGGAACUCGGACUUCGAAUAUGCGUUCAUUGAUGCAAGCAUGGUUCUCUCGAGAGCGCACGUUUCGUCCGCAAUCUUCAGGGCAGUAAAUGACUAUCUCAAUGAGCGUCUUAAGUCUCGUAAUGUCCACUCGGAGAUUGUUUUCUCGCUUAGUCCCACGAACAAUAUUGCCGACUCCUUCCGGAAAUUCGGUAUCAGCGACUCAACGAAAGAUCUGUUGGUGGUAAAGGUGUCUGUAACACCAGAAGUUACCCAUGAUGCAGUGGCGACACAUCUGGCACGAUCUGUCGAAGGCUCGCCUGUGCCCUUCAAUGACGAGACUCUGUCUGAGAUCGCGGAUGUUGCUAAAAUCAAGAAGGCCUACAAAUUGGGAGCAUUGCCUUCUGCCUCUGCGGGUCAAGUGAACGGUGCUGGAAACGGUGAUAAUAUGCGACUCGAAAAUUCCAUCAUCGGUGCGAUUGCCUUGCGAGGGGCGACUUGA